AUGGAGUCAUUUAUGCGUCCGCUUUGCGAUUCUCAUCUGCAGCCCCACAGCCGUGAUCUGGAGGGGGACUUUCCGCUAGACGGAAAGGAUCUUGACUCUGUCACGGACGAGACUUUGGUGACUCUUCUUGAGUCUGCUCCUUCUCUCCAUACUCUUGGUGGCACAAAAGUGGUACGACUCUCACGAAAUCUGGUGAUGAAAGGCGGUGGCACUGUCCUACCAUGCGAAGCAGAGACGCUCAAAUUCGUUGCCUCCAAAACCAGUAUCCGAGUUCCACGAGUCUAUCGCACAUUCCAAGUCGAAGAUGAGACGCAAUAUUUUGGCACGAAGGGAUAUAUUGUGAUGGAUUUUAUCCCAGGCCAACCUCUCGACAAGUGUUGGGCCGACCUCCCCUCUGACAACCAAAGGCAAAUCGCUACACAGAUUGCGGACGUGAUCAAAGAGAUGCAGUCUAUUGUUAUCUUACAGCCAGGUCCAUUUGGUGGCGGAAAAUUUCGUGGCCGACUCUUCACCGACUAUAGCGCUGGUCCAUUCAAAGACUGUGCUGAACUUCAAGGCUGGUUCAACCACAAGCUUGAUAUCUGCAAGCACGUGAACCAGUGUCCCAAAGAUAUCCCACCAUUUCGAUUCCACACCUUUGUCCUCACUCAUCAGGAUAUAAGCCCUCGGAACCUGAUCCUAGACGACAAUGGAGAAGUGUGGCUGAUUGACUGGGCGUAUGCCGGUGCAUAUCCCCCUGCGUUUGAAAGUGCUGCGUUAUUGGCUCAGCAGUUCUUCAUCGACUUCAACAAAGCAGUCUUGUCUGUUAUUCCCCGAUUUCCCGAACAAGAGUUGCAACUUGAUUCCAUUGCCUAUGGUCCCACAUCACCUGACCCAACCGAAGCGAAGCCAAGCCCUGCCGCACACAAACCAUCCACAUCCGAAGGUCGACCACUUCAUCCGUCCAUCCAACAAGCUCGCCGUCGCGAUCAACCCUUCAAGAUGCCGAGCAACAAGACCUUCCGCACCAAGCAAAAGCUUGCCAAAGCUCAGCGUCAGAACCGCCCCAUCCCCCAGUGGAUCCGUCUGCGCACCGGCAACACCAUCAGAUACAACGCCAAGCGCCGACACUGGCGUAAGUCGACCCUGAAGGUCUAAGCGGACCCUCAGUAUUCGCAACCCUCCGUCCGGCCAUUCUCAAAAGCCCCAGUUCAGCUCGCGAUGUCAUAUGACAACCGAAGUGUGUCUGUGAGGGGUGGUUCAAGGGUUUUUGAUUAUUUCGAAACCCUCUUCAUGAUGUGACGCCCACAACCGAAUUUCGAACAACAUGCCUUCACCAUGAACUUGAGAGCGCUAGUGGAUGUGGAACUACUCUUGAGUGCAAUUGCAAACAAAAAUUCAAAAAUUCAAUCUUGAUCCGGGUCUUGCUUUGGGUUGUG